CCACGAUCGACACAUCACUGGUUGUUUUACGACACUGUCUUCACGACCCUGCACACCGUCUCUCUCUCUCUCUCUCUCUGUAGUUGAAGAUGGCCUCGUCGUUUUGGAAAGGUGUUGUCGGCGUCGGGCUUUUCGCCUUGGCUCAUGCAGCUUUUUCAGCGGCACAGCAUCGGUCAUACAUGCGACUCACAGAGAAGGAAAACGAGACACUACCAAUCGAUAUUGUAUUACAGACCCUGCUGUCGUUUGUCAUGACCUGUUAUGGGAUUGUGCACAUUGCUGGAGAGUUCAAAGACAUGGACGCCUCAUCAGAGCUGAAAAACAAAACAUUUGAUACACUGAGGAACCACCCAUCCUUUUACCUUUUCAAUCACCGGGGUCGAGUGCUAUUCCGCUCGCCGGAGGAGGAGCCCUCCUCCGUACGCAACCAGCAAGCUCUUCCCAACCCGUUACGGCUACGCAAGCUGGAGCAUUUGCACUGAGACUGGACCUUUCCUGCCUGUAACGUCAUUUAAAAAGAAAAACGUCAUAAGAUUUUUUUUUUUUGUUAGACAGAAGGGGCAAAGUGAGAAAUCAUCUUCCUCUACUUUAAUUUGUAUUUGUACAUAAACUAAUAUGCUGUCCAAAACACGCAUCUCUGUCCAUAAACCCACCAUACUCAACUCUGACUGUGCCAACCCUUCGAUUUUUCAAGCAGAAUUGUUUGUAUAUACAGUAUGUAAACGCUUCGGAGUCUUAAGAUACAGAGAGAUCUACCCCUUUAUGUCCCUUCUGAACUGAAUCGGGACACGGCUGUCCUUUAUAUUCUUUGUAUGCGGGGCAUAAAAAAAAACAUCUGGUACUGUACAUUUCAUCCACACUUCUUCAGCCGGCUGUUCUGGGCAUAAUUUUGUCAACUGAAAUGAUUUUUGUUUGUUGUAAGAACUUAGGACCCUUUUUAUUUCUUUGAUUUCCUGGAUGCAUUUAUAAAAGAAAAAAA